AUGCCUAAUAAGCAAUCACAAACAUUUAAAGAAGUACAUUACAGUAACUGUAUACCCAAUGCUCCGGUAGAUAAUAGGCCGCUUGCCGUUAGGAGCGAACUUGAAUAUGGAAAAUUAAAGUCGGAAAAAUAUCUACACGUUUCAAAACAUCCGAUUGGUGAACCGUUACCAACUCCUAUAGAUGAUGAUCCUCCAUAUGUCAUAUACUUGUCAACUUAUUUGAAUUUCCUUAUAUUGAUUAUAAUUGGUCACAUUAGAGACUUUUUUGGUAAGAUUUUCAAACCUCAAGAAUACAAGCAUUUGGUUGAAAAAGAUGGAUAUGCCCCUUGGUACGAUGGAUUUGAAAGUUUUUAUGUGCGUAGAUUGAAAACGAGAAUUGAUGACUGUUUUGCAAGGCCUAUUCAUGGGGCUCCAGGAAGGUUCAUUAAGUGCUUUAAUAGAAUCAGAGAGGGCAAAACUGGGUAUUUAUAUGAUGGUACUUCAAGGGAAUGCUUGAACUUGUCUUCUUAUAACUAUCUUGGAUUUGCACAAUCAAGUGGAGUUUGUACUGAUUUUGCAUUGAAAUGUGUUGACGAAUAUGGUACCUCGGGGUGUUCUCCUAGAGUUUAUUGUGGAACCACGGACUUGCACCGAGAAUGCGAGCGUAUUGUUGCUGAUUUCGUUGGUAAAGAAGAUGCAAUUAUUGUGAGUCAAGGGUAUGGUACAAAUGCAAAUUUUUUUGCUUCAAUAGCAGAUUCAAAGACAUUGGUUAUAUCGGACGAGUUGAACCACGCUUCGAUUAGAUUUGGUAUUAGAUUGUCGGGAGCCAUUGUUAAGGUUUAUAAGCAUAAUGAUAUGAAGGAUUUGGAAAAAUUAAUAAAAAACCAAAUUGCCCAGGGACAACCAAAGACGCAUAGACCAUGGAAGAAAAUCAUUAUUGCUGCUGAAGGAUUGUACUCUAUGGAGGGGAACAUGUGUAACUUGCCUGCGUUGAUUGAGCUCAAGGACAAGUACAAGUGUUAUUUAUUUGUCGAUGAAGCUCAUUCAAUUGGAGCCUUGGGACCUGAAGGAAGAGGUAUUUGUGAUUACUUUUCAGUUGAUCCUUCGCGAGUGGACAUUUUGAUGGGUACUUUUACCAAGUCAUUUGGUGCAACAGGUGGCUACAUUGCCGGUGACAGAUAUCUUAUUGAGAAACUAAGAGUUAACUAUAUCACCCAAGCAUAUAGUGAAAGUGUUCCGCCACCGGUUGUUGGCCAAAUUAUAUCUUCAUUAAAUGUCAUAAAGGGAACACUAAACCCUGGCGAAGGACAAGAGAGACUACAAAGAAUUGCUUUUAAUUCCAGAUACUUGAGAUUGGGAUUGAAAAAGCUUGGUUUUAUUGUUUAUGGAGCCGACGAUUCUCCAGUGAUUCCCUUGUUGUUGUUUUUACCCUCUAAAAUGCCCGCUGUGUCGCGAAUGUUGUAUGAUAUGGGAAUCGCUGUUGUGAUUGUGAGCUAUCCAGCAACCCCUUUGAUCAGUGCUAGAGCGAGAUUAUGCGUUUCCUCAGCAUUGACCAAGGACGAUUUGGAUUAUGUUCUAGCCAAAAUAAGCGAAGUUGGCGAUUUGAUUUAUUUGAAAUUUAGUAGUGGUAUCGCCGGAGGUUCUAAAGUACCUGGUGAACCACCUCGUUGGACCAUUGAAGAAGUCUUGGCAACAAACGUGGAGGAUUGUAAAAAGCCGAAAUUAGUAUAG